GCCCUCCAAUCAGAAGUGGCUGUUCUUGCGGCAGCAAGACCCUGCUCAACCUUCAGUGAGGGCGAAGCAGGAGGGGCACCUUCACAUCCGCGCAGCGACGGCAGCGGCUUAAUCAUUAAAAACACGAAGCCAGGCUCUCCCUUCAAACGACACCAUGUCCUUUCUGUCUCUGAGCAGGGCGGCCCCCGGGCUCCUCAACGCCAAGAAUGCUGCCUGCGUGCUCGUUGCUGCUAGACACGCAAGCUCUUCAACGAACCUGAAGGACAUCCUUUCAGAUCUCGUUCCCAAAGAACAGACCCGAAUCAAGAAAUUCAAAGAGCAGCAUGGCAAAACCACCAUCGGCCAGAUCACAGUCGACAUGGUUUACGGAGGGAUGAGAGGCAUGAAGGGUCUGGUGUAUGAGACUUCAGUCCUGGACCCUGAUGAGGGCAUCCGUUUCCGUGGCUCCAGCAUUCCGGAAUGCCAGGAGCUCCUCCCCAAAGCUCCAGGGGGGGAGGAGCCUCUUCCCGAGGGUCUGUUCUGGCUGCUGGUGACUGGCCAGGUCCCCACGCAGGAUCAGGUGAGCUGGCUGUCGAAGGAGUGGGCGAGGCGGGCGGCCCUGCCCUCCCACGUGGUCACCAUGCUGGAUAACUUCCCCACCAACCUGCACCCCAUGUCCCAGUUCAGCGCCGCCAUCACCGCGCUCAACAGCGAGAGCAGCUUCGCGCGCGCCUACUCCGAGGGGGUGAACAAGGCCAAGUACUGGGAGUUCAUCUAUGAGGACUCGAUGGACCUGAUCGCCAAGCUGCCCUGCAUCGCUGCCAAGAUCUACCGUAACCUGUACAGGGAGGGCAGCAGCAUUGGAGCCAUCGACCCCAGUCUGGACUGGUCUCACAACUUCACCAACAUGCUGGGAUACAGCGAGGCCCAGUUCACUGAGCUCAUGAGGCUGUACCUCACCAUCCACAGUGACCAUGAGGGGGGCAAUGUGAGUGCCCACACCAGCCACCUGGUGGGCAGCGCCCUGUCCGACCCCUACCUGUCAUUCAGCGCCGCCAUGAACGGGCUCGCAGGGCCGCUCCACGGGCUGGCUAACCAGGAGGUGCUGGUGUGGCUGACACAGCUGCAGAAGGAGCUAGGCGGGGAGGUGUCCGAUGAGAAGCUCAGAGAUUACAUCUGGAACACCCUCAAGUCUGGCCGGGUUGUCCCGGGAUAUGGCCAUGCCGUGCUGCGGAAGACUGACCCUCGCUACACCUGCCAGCGCGAGUUCGCCCUGAAGCACCUCCCCAACGACCCGCUCUUCAAGCUGGUGGCUCAGCUCUACAAGAUCGUGCCCAACGUGCUGCUAGAGCAGGGCAAGGCCAAGAACCCCUGGCCCAACGUGGACGCACACAGCGGGGUGCUGCUGCAGUACUACGGGAUGACAGAGAUGAACUACUACACCGUGCUGUUCGGGGUGUCCCGCGCCCUGGGGGUGCUGUCCCAGCUGAUCUGGAGCCGAGCCCUGGGGUUCCCCCUGGAGAGACCGAAGAGCAUGAGCACGGAGGGACUCAUGAAGCUGGUGGGGGCGAAGUCCGGUUAAACGGGAUGGGGGUGGGGGGGUACAUCGUCACGGACACACCAACAAGCAAGCAAACAAGCAAACAAACCCAUUCGACAGAAUAACAAGGGGGGGGGAACCGGACGCCGUCAAUUAGUGACGGUACGCUUUUUUUUAAUUUUUUUUUUCUUUUAAUAAAGGAGGGUCUUUAUCAGACUUUAUGUAAUCUAUCGUAUCAGCCCUAGACGGGUUUAAUCAGAACAAGCUAACAGAACUGACGGGAGACGGUGGUUAAUGUAUACUGUGUUUUGCAUGGCGUUUGUGAGCCACUGUACUAUAUUUAUUUGCAAACCACAGAUUAGUUGUUUUUUCCGUCUUUCGCUGCUUGAAAACCGACUUGACGACAUCCGCGUGCGUUGUAAUAAUGUUUCCACUGAUCACCCGUGUCCCUGCUCUGCGGUGUGCUAGCGUGUGCGCUGCUGCGAUAUCCAGCAGUCUCCACUGCACACUCCAAUACCACACAUGAAGGAGUCAAACAACCCCUUCAGUCGUCUUCGCAUUUCUCAUUUAAAAAUUUUUUUUUCAAUCUGUGAGCAAUCUUUACAUUGCAAAGCGAUCCUAUUCAGCGUUUCUGUAGAGAGAGGGGGAUUGUGGGUCGGUGCUAAGCUCGUCUUCAUCGUAGAGCAGUGGAAACCGCAUUCAGCUUUUCCGUUUUGAGUUUCCUCAGCCUCGCCCCUGGCUCGUUUGUCAUGUCCAUGCAGUUACACGCUGGCAAGGCAUAGAAACCAGGUCUUUAUCUCUCCGUUUUCAACCUGGGCGGGUUCCUGCAGCGAGUGCAGAAUAAAAAAAAUAUAUAUAUAUAUCAAAAAUUAAAAACUGACAAUAUGAAUGCAGUUAAGCAGCGUUAUUGAACUUUUUUUAAACACUGAAGUCUAAACCCUUUUAGGAGGAGCCUUUAUCCCACCCUGCCCUGCCCGCUUUUUUGUAUUAAAAAGAAUAAAGCAGACGCCAAAAAUGAAUGACUGUACCUUUUUAAAACGCACACACAAACAAGCAUAUCUCUAAAUCAGCUGGGCUGGCUGGGGAACAGGACGCUGAAUUCCCAGUUUUCUGCAGCAAUCUCCUGACAUUGAGAAAAUAGGCAUGGGAACAUACCCUGGGCAGUAAAGGGUUAGAGACCUAUUUGCCUGUUCUAUCAGAAACUUGUGGCUGAAAAAAUGCUUGCACUGUCAGGCCGGGAGCAGCAGGGGGUGCUGUGGGGUGCUUUCUGCAGUACCACGCUAGCUCUCUUGGCUAAAGGGGUUAUAAUGUCUCUUUAGUGCAGGGGGUGGCUAUUGGAAAAUGCAGGGGGACAGGGGGGGCGGGUACUGUAAUUUAAUAAAAUAAAGGCAUUCACAAACACAGAGGUGCGUUUCAGAACCUGAUUUUAAUCCGAGCUCCUCGGUCACAGUUAUACAAACUCACUUGACAGCACCAAUGUCUUUUUAUUUAUAUUUUGGUUUUUAUUUUUGUCGUCUUGCUGCUACCACUGAAGAUAUAGACACGACCGGCGUUGAGAGCAAAAAAAUAAAACUGCUGAUUUCUGAGGUUCUGGGAUUGCGAUUGGCUCCUCCGUCUGCUCUCCUGAUAGGGUGACGAGGCGUCCGCUGUGGGCUGCGGAGGUUAAUUACUGGUCCUAGUGGUUGAUCUCGCUGUUGAGCAUCGCAUGAGUUGGAAUCGCUUUCCUAAGCUUGCUCAAUGUGUGUGUGGUUGUUGUUGUGUGUGGUGUGUUUGUUUUUUUUUGAUAGCUUGUGUACACUCCUGCUUGCUUUUAAGCACGCUACGUGAUAAAGACUCUCCUCUGAGCUCUCCAGCUCUUUUGUGUUAGUAUUUUAUUUUACUUCCAGACCCUAUUUUAAGGCUGCAGCUGAGGGUUGAUCGCUGUCUCUCGCGCUGUGAGCGUGCUUGUGUGUAUAAAUCUUUUGAUUUUGUGUAAAUGGGUUUGAUCCCAAACCUCAGGUUGUUCUGAAUAAAAACAAAACAGGGGUUUGGGGGGGAAAAGAAAGAUGAGAAAAUAAAAACAAACAAACAAAAAACAAUAAAUGUUUUUAUUAAUGACU